AUGAAGCUCUCCUCUAUUGUUUCUGGCCUUGCUGCUGUGGCCUCUGUUUCUGCCUUCCCAACUCUCUUUAAGAGAGACAACUCUUCCUCUGAGUCGUCUACCAACAAAACUAUCUUACUUACCAACGACGAUGGUUGGGCCGCAACUAACAUCCGUGCAACCUACAGAGAGUUGAAGGCUGCUGGAUACGAGGUCGUAUUGGUUGCCCCAGCAUCGCAGAGAUCUGGUUUCGGAGGUCAAUUCGGUAUCCCACCGACUGCUAACUUGACCACCAAUGCUGAGUUCAGCUACCCAGCUAAAGGUGCUCCAUCUUGGGGCCACGAGGAGGAUGACCUCAAUGUUUGGUACUUCAAUGGUACUCCAGCUUCGUGUGUUGCUUUCGGCUUAGACUAUGUUCUUCCAAACUUCUUCGAUAACAAGACUAUUGACUUGGUUGUCGCCGGUCCUAACGAGGGUACCAACUUGUCUCCAGGUAUGUACACUUUGUCUGGUACCAUCGGUGCCACCUACACUGCCGUCGGCAGAGGUCUCCCAGCAAUUGCCUUUUCUGGAUCCAAUGGCAACAACUCUUUCUUCAAGGAUGAUGAAGGAAAGGAGAACGACACCAACUUCGCACCAAACGUGUAUGGUAAGAAGGUGACCGAGUUUGUCGAGAAAUUGUUCUCUUCCCAGAAGGACUACCCACACUUGUUGCCUCUUACUUCUGGUGUCAAUGUGAAUUUCCCUCCAAUUAACGAUGACUGCACUGACCCAGAGUGGGUCUUCACUCGUUUGUCUGGUCCAAACUCUUUGUCUCCAAACAUGAAGUACAACGCUACUAGUGGAUUGUUUGAAUGGGCUUACGGUACCUUUGAGGGUACUCAAGUCUGUAUUUUUGGUGACUGUGACUUGCCAUCUGAGUCCACUAUCUUGACUAAGAAGACUUGUAAGAGUUCCGUGUCCGUUUUCUCCAUCGACUACGAUGCCUCUUACCAGCAGUCUCAGACUGUUGAGAAGGCUUUGACCGGUAUCUUUGCUUAA